CGCGUCGAACGCACGUCACGCACGCACGCACAAAAUGGCCUUCGCUCUCUCCAAGACCGCGUCCCUCGUCGCCACGCCCAAGGCUUCGUCUAAGAUCGCUCGCCGCGGCGCCGUCGUCGUCCGCGCCGAGAAGGUCGCGCACGGGAAGGGUGGCGAGGAGGGCGGUCGCUCCUUCGCCAACGACGCGUUCGGCAUGGUCGCGAAGAACGCCAACUACGGCCUCUUCGCCGCGGCGGUCACCAAGGGCGGCCACGAGGGCACGAUGACGUCCCCGGGCCCGAUCACCGUCUUCUGCCCGAACGACGACGCGUUCGGCGACCUCUGCCAGAAGAUCGGCGUCUCCAAGAUGGACCUCAUGAACGACCCGCGCAUCCCGGCCAUCGUCGGCACGCACAUCGUCCAGGGCGCGCUCACGCUCGCGGACAUGGAGGGGAAGACGCUCACCACGAUGGCGGGCAACUCCAUCACCGUCUCCGGCGGCGCGGUGAACGGCGUGUCUUUCAAGAAGAACGACAUCAAGGUCGACAACGGCAUCGUGCACGCGGUCAACGCGGUCAUCUCCCCGUAAGCGAGCGAGCGGAUCGACGGCGAGCGACGGCGAUGGCGACGGCGAUUCGACCGAGCGCGGCGGCGGCGCGGCGACGGCGUGGCGUCGGCUUUUAAUUCACUCAAUCAGAUUGCUCGCGA